AUAAAAGGAAAGGGAAAAGAAAAGCGACGCUCUUUUCUCUUCGCGCUCUCUGCUUCGGUGUUGUCCUCUAGGGUUUGGAUCGGAGAAGGACGGUGGUCGCAGUGAUACAGUGGCCGAGUAGGAGAUAGAUCCGAGCGCGUCGCGGUUAGGGUUUGUCGUGGAUUUCGGGGUUCCGAGCUCCAAGUAUUUGGAUGCCCUUUUUGGCUUCUAUUUUUCGAAUCCCUAAGAGGUGACCCAUGGCUAUGAAAGGGAAUUCUGCAGACAACAGAACCAGAAGUUCUGUAUCUAUAUUCAUCGUAAUUGGCAUGUGUUGCUUCUUCUACAUUCUUGGAGCAUGGCAAAAGAGUGGUUUUGGAAAGGGGGAUAGCAUCGCUGUUGAGAUCACAAAGCAAACGGAUUGCACCAUUUUGCCCAAUCUUAGCUUUGAGACUCACCAUAGUGGAUCAGGCACCACUGAGGACCUCAAUUCCCCAUCUGUAUCUUUUGAACCAUGCGAUGACCGCUACACCGAUUACACUCCGUGCCAGGAUCAAAAUCGGGCAAUGACUUUCCCGAGAGAGAAUAUGAACUACAGAGAGAGGCAUUGCCCACCUGAUGAAGAAAAACUGUAUUGCCUUAUACCAGCACCAAAGGGAUAUGUUGCCCCAUUCCCCUGGCCAAAAAGCCGUGACUUUGUCCCAUAUGCGAAUGUUCCCUAUAAGAGCUUGACGGUUGAGAAAGCUGUACAGAACUGGGUUCAGUAUGAGGGCAAUGUAUUCAGAUUCCCCGGUGGAGGGACACAGUUUCCUCAAGGGGCUGACGCAUAUAUCGACCAGCUUGCUUCUGUUAUCCCAAUUGCUAAUGGAACUGUCCGUACUGCUUUAGACACUGGUUGUGGGGUUGCUAGCUGGGGAGCUUACCUACUUAAGAGGAAUGUCUUGGCCAUGUCAUUCGCCCCAAGGGACUCUCAUGAGGCACAGGUUCAGUUUGCUCUUGAAAGAGGUGUCCCUGCAGUUAUUGGUGUUCUUGGAACGAUAAAGCUUCCGUACCCAUCCAGAGCCUUUGAUAUGGCUCACUGUUCAAGGUGCUUGAUUCCAUGGGGAUCAAAUGAUGGAAUGAAUAUGAUGGAGGUGGAUCGAGUUCUUAGGCCUGGUGGGUAUUGGGUGCUCUCUGGCCCACCCAUUAACUGGAAGACCAACUACAAGUCAUGGCAGCGCACAAAGGAGGAUCUUGAGGAGGAACAGAGAAAAAUUGAAGAGAUGGCUGAGCUCCUAUGCUGGGAAAAGAUCUCUGAGAAGGACGAGAUUGCUGUCUGGCGGAAAAGAAUAAACACCGAUUCUUGUCCUGCAAGGCAAGAUGAGCCCCGUGUUAGAAUCUGUGAAUCAUCAUAUGCAGAUGAUAUCUGGUACAAGAAGAUGGAAGCAUGUGUGACACCUCUUCCUGAUGUUACUGAUCCUAAAGAGGUUGCAGGAGGAGAAUUGAAGACAUUCCCAGAGAGGCUCAAUGCUAUCCCUCCAAGUAUUGCUAGUGGUUCUGUUCCUGGGUAUUCGAUUGACUCAUAUCAGAAAGAUGAUAAACUGUGGAACAAGCAUGUUAAAGCUUAUAAAAGAAUCAACAAGUAUAUUGAUAAUGGACGGUAUCGCAACAUCAUGGACAUGAAUGCUGGUUUGGGCAGCUUUGCAGCAGCAAUCGAGUCCUCCAAAUUGUGGGUGAUGAAUGUUGUGCCUACUAUUGCCCAGAGAACUCUGGGAGUCGUAUACGAGCGAGGGUUGAUUGGCAUAUACCACAACUGGUGUGAGGCUUUCUCCACUUACCCAAGGACAUACGACCUUAUCCAUGCGAAUGGUCUUUUCACCUUGUACAAGGAUAAGUGCAAGAUGGAAGACAUUCUUUUAGAGAUGGACCGCAUCUUGAGGCCAGAAGGCGCAGUCAUAUUGCGCGAUCACAUCGACGUUUUAAUAAAGGUGAAAAGGAUGGCUGGUGGAAUGAGAUGGAACACGAAGAUGGUGGAUCACGAGGAUGGUCCCCUCGUGCCCGAAAAGAUCUUAUUCGCCGUGAAACGGUACUGGGUCGGCGGUGGAAACAAUGAAACAGCCGAAGUCUGAAAUGGUAAGCCUUUUUCAAGUGGAAGAGCCAAGAACAAAUUGAUGUGCUCUUAAGAUGCACAAGACGGUUAACUUCCAGAACCAGCACGAAAGUGCUCUUUCAGCUGAGCUUUUCCUUCUCGCUCUCUCUUUGCGGCAAGGAUUGGGGCCGGCAGGGCAUAUUUAUUGGCUAAGAGGUUUUUGUCCAAUUUUGCUUGUCCAAGUUGUGGUAAUAUUUAUGUCUGCUGAUUCUUUUUUUCUUUUUCCUCCUUUGUUUCCUGAUUAAGUUAAUGUAAUCCUACGGACAAUUGUUAUCCGAAGAACACUUGACUCCAGUUUUUGGAAGGGAUUGUUAUGUUUCCACGAAAUGAUUCAUUUGGAAUGGAGUAACCUGUAACCUGCAGCCUGCAUAUUUCAAAA